AUGUCUUCCAAGGCUUCUGUUCGUAAAAACGCCUUGACCCGUCGAAUCGAGGACGAAGGCUUCCAAUCCGUGAUUCCUUGUGAACGUUGCGUUCGUUUGAAGCGAGUGUGUAUUCGUGCCGACUGUUCCGACCGUUGUGGUGAUUGCGUGCGUGCUGGUGGUGGUGUGAAGUGUACGAUGUCGUCCCCGUCAUUUACUGAUGCGGAAUGGCGUCGCUUGGUGAAGUCCCAAAAUCAAAUUGAGGAAGAGGAGGAGGUUAUUCUAGCCAAGCUCCUUCGUCUCCGAAAACAAAAACGUUUGUUGCAAAAACGUGCUGGUGAUUUCAUCGCACGGGACUUCAAGGAAGUCGCCGAGCUGGAAGAAGCGCGAGCGUCUUGA